GCCUUGCGACAUUCAUUGCAGUUUCUAUCUGCAUUUCUGCUCCUUUCGACAUUCUCAGCCACAGCCUUACAGCAACCGACCUCUCCACCUUAGACCAGUCCCAGCCGAGGGCCUGCUGCCACCAUGUCGACCCUCGAAGAGCUCGAUGACCUCGACCGCCAGGAGAAGGAGGAGAAGAGAAGAAACAAUGGCAAGAAGGCCACCGUCACCGACGGAGAUGACGAGAUGAAGGACGCAGAGGAAAAGGACGACAUUCUUGACGACGAGAUCCUGAGCCUGAGCACACAAGACAUCCAGACCCGGAAGCGACUACUGGAAAACGACUCUCGGAUCAUGAAGAGCGAGCUUUCGAGGUUAACACACGAGAAGGCCGCCAUGGGCGAAAAGAUUAAGGAGAACCAGGACAAGAUUGCAAACAACAGACAGCUCCCGUACCUGGUCGGAAACGUCGUCGAGCUGCUAGACUUAGAUCCCACCGCGGAGUCUUCCGAAGAGGGCGCCAACAUCGAUCUCGAUGCCACGCGGGUGGGCAAAUCAGCAGUCAUCAAGACCUCCACGAGACAGACCAUCUUCCUGCCGCUGAUUGGUCUCGUUGAUUCGGACCAGCUGAAGCCGGGCGACUUGAUUGGUGUGAACAAGGACUCGUACCUCGUUCUGGACACUCUGCCAGCCGAGUACGACAGCCGAGUCAAGGCCAUGGAGGUUGACGAGAAGCCAACGGAGCAGUACACCGAUGUCGGUGGUCUGGACAAGCAGAUUGAAGAGUUGGUGGAGGCCAUUGUGUGGCCCAUGAAGGAGGCAGAGCGGUUCAAGAAGAUUGGCAUCAAGGCACCAAAGGGCGCUCUGAUGUACGGCCCUCCCGGUACUGGAAAGACGCUCAUGGCCCGAGCCUGUGCGGCCCAGACAGAAGCAACCUUCCUCAAGCUUGCAGGACCUCAGCUUGUGCAGAUGUUCAUCGGAGACGGUGCCAAGCUGGUGCGAGACUGCUUCGCUCUGGCGAAGGAAAAGGCACCCGCCAUCAUCUUCAUCGAUGAGCUCGAUGCCGUCGGUACCAAGCGAUUCGACAGCGAGAAGAGCGGCGAUCGAGAAGUGCAGAGAACCAUGCUGGAGCUGCUCAACCAGCUGGAUGGUUUCGCAUCGGACGACCGCAUCAAGGUCUUGGCCGCCACCAACCGAGUCGACGUGCUCGACCCUGCGCUGCUGCGAUCCGGCCGUCUGGACCGGAAGAUUGAGUUCCCCCUGCCGAACGAGGAGGCCCGAGCGCAGAUUCUUAAGAUUCACUCUCGCAAAAUGAAGGUCGACCCCGGCGUCAACUGGGGUGAACUCGCUCGAAGCACGGAUGAGUUUGGCGGUGCCAUGCUGAAGGCUGUGUGCGUUGAGGCCGGCAUGAUUGCUCUGCGGUCAGGGAAGAACCAGAUUGGCCACGAGCACUAUGUCGACGCCAUUGCCGAGGUGCAGGCCAAGAAGAAGGAUACUGUCAACUUUUACGCAUAA